AGAAAAAAAAACUCCCCCAUUAUAAACUCUCUCUCUGAUCUCACACUCUUCGUGCAUUCCCUUCUCUCUCUCUUUUUUCUCACAAGAGAUCUCUUUAUUUAUCUCUCGCUCUCUAAAUCUCUUUUCUGUAGAUCAGAGCAAUGGCAUCCAUUUCUGGGUCUACUUCUGUUUGUAUCUCAAGAUGUUUGUCUCAACAAAAUCAGGUUAGGAGUGGUCUGAAUUCAGUUUCGCUCUCCAUUCAGAAACCAGACUUUCCUUCACUUAGGUCGCGACCAGUUCCAUUUCGUCGCUUCCAAGUUUCCUGUGCGGCCAAGAAAGAGACAGUUGAUAAGGUCUGUGAAAUAGUGAGGAAACAGUUGGCAUUACCAGCUGACUCCACGCUCUCCGGUGAAUCAAAGUUCUCUGCACUCGGAGCCGAUUCUCUCGAUACGGUUGAGAUUGUUAUGGGCCUUGAAGAGGCAUUUGGGAUCAGCGUCGAAGAAGAGAGUGCACAGAGUAUCGCUACCGUCCAGGAUGCUGCUGAUAUGAUCGAGGAUCUGCUCAAGUAAGAUUGAGACAAGAAGCAGAAUAGUUUUGAGUGGAGAAUUCAACAUGGAUGUAGGAGCUCAUCAGUUCAGUUUUCAGUUUAUCUUUUCUCAAAAUUUAAUUUUAGGCACUCAUGAUUUCCAGUAAUGAUGAACUUUAUCUUUGGUUCUCCAAAUUUUCAGUUCAAUCUCUAGCAUGUGUUUGUUGGUUUGACUUUAUAUUUAUUAAAUUUUGUGUUCAAUGAGGUGUUGGUACCUAUUUUCAUCA